UGCACUGCUGUCAUAAUUCAAUAAUGAUAAUUCACUAAAUGUUGGUGUAUGUAAAGAUGGUGUAAGCCCACUUUGACAGAUGAAUGAUGACAUUUUGUGAAUUUUCUAGACUAAAAUAAAUGAUAAUUUAAGACCCUGCUAGACUUGAUUACCAAAUGUGUUGCCCCCCUCUUCAGUUUCUGGGUAACCCAGUGUGUGAGGAUGUCCCUCAGAUUGAAGAUCCAGAGUUGACUGCAAGUCUUGAAACACGUCUUCAAGAGUUGAGGGGUGCUCUUACCUCAUUUGAGUAUCCGGUGGCAACAGAACAGACGGUGUGGGCACAACGACAGGUGUUUGCUGAUGCAAGAGCAAAAACAGCUAGGCCAGUGCUCCUUGAUGCCAAACUCUCAGCUGAAAGAGUCAUCAAGCAUAUUUGCAACAAAUGCCAUGCUGGAGAGGCUUUCAUUAGGUGCCUGGAUUGUGUUCCUCUGGACAUGGAGUUUCUAUGUGGAAGCUGUGACAUAGAGGCCCACAAAAAGAAUGUGUUUCACAACAGGGAGGCAAUAUUUCAUGGCUACUUGGAGCCUAUUCCCCAUACAACGGCUGUGGUGUUGGAUGACAAUGGCCAGCCUCACUUUUGUGAGCAGGUAUGUCAAUUGCCCUUGCCCACACACAGGGCAAUAUGUGAGUGCACCCAUGAGAUUGAGGUCACCACUGGAAAGCAUAUUUCAGUGGUCACCAUGGCGGGACGAUAUGAUGUCUGUUUGCCCCGUAAGGUUUGCCCUACCUGCUUAGCAGAAUGGACUCCGGGGGUGAAAGACCUUCUGAACUACCGUUACUGGCCAAGCACCACCAGCUGCCAGACACUGUACCGUUUUGAUGUCUUUGAAGCUUUUGCACACAUGAAGGUAUCUGCUCCUUCAAUGUCUACUGGAGCACCAAUCUGUUCAGGCUGGAAGGGUAAAUCUGCAUGAAUCAUAUUGUAACACACAAUUAUAUUACUGUAUAUUGUGAGUUUUGUUCUUUUUGAUAAACAUAAUCAAACUUUUUUUAUGUCAUAGCCAGGAAAUAUCUGUGCAGACACCUUUCAGAAAAGCUUUUUUGAAUAUUGUUUUUGCAAACACACAGAAGAGAUGAUGUGCGAAGUCAAUAGCUUUCAUUGUCCAGCAUGUCACCCAGACAUGUUGGCGGUAUGUUGCGAUGGGAAUCGCAAACAUUAUCGGUUUAGAAAAUCAAGGGGGUAUACACACACACACACACACACACACACACACACACACACACACACGUACACACACACACACUAAUGUUCAUAUCAAAACAACAUAGAAAUAGUUGCACGUAGAGUCUGGUCA